AUGGCACCCCUGUAUUUGGCCGGGCUAGUGGGUGCAGUGAUUGCUCUAUGCUCGGCAUUGUUCAUCUCUCUGGUCCUUUACGUCUGCUUCCACGACCAGGUGUGGGCGUUUAUGUGGCAUAAGGCGGGGGUGGAGCUGGAGCGCUACAACAAGGCCCGACGACCACGCCGCCUCAUCCUCAUCCGCCACGGCGAGUCCCUCGCCAAUGUCGAUGAUACCGUCUACGCGCGAGUAGCAGACAACCGCAUUCCGCUCACGGACAAGGGCAAGCAGCAGGCGAGCGAGGCCGGGCGCAAGCUCGCGCAGCUGGUGGGCAACGAGAGCGUCACCUUUUUCACGUUUAGAGAGAUCGUGGCUCAUCUCGCGCCAGGCACCUGGAAGGCCAUCGAAGAGCCCCGCAUUCGAGAACAAGGCACUGCGCUCCGCCUCCUUGGAAUUCUCCAGAUCGACCCGACGCACAUGCCGAACGCCUUCAAGGAGCGAAACCUGGUGGGCCGGUUCUUUUACCGCUUCCCGUCCGGCGAAUCGGGGGCCGACGUUUAUGACCGGGUAUCGGGGUUCUUGGAGACUCUGUUUCGCAACUUUGAGCACCGCGACGUCAGUCAAAACUUUGUGAUCGUCACACACGGUCUGUUUAUUCGCCUCUUCCUCAUGCGGUACUACAAGUACUCGGUCAACAAGUUCGAGCGAAUAAGCAACUUCAAGAACUGCGAGAUGGUGGUCAUGGAGAUGCAGGACUCCUGCUACUGUCUCACCACCCCACUUUCCUUCGACGAUGGCACGGACGCGGACGACGACGAUCUGGCGGCAUCCGCCCUUCACGCGGGGACGGAGGACACCGACGACCAGCUGAGCCAGGCAGUGGGCCAGCAGUGA